UCUUGAUAAUAUUGAUAGUAGAAGUAGAAAUGUUUCCAUUUUGCACAUCCCUUUUAUAAAGAGAACUAAAAGUAUAGAAAAAAAGUCUGUGAUUAAAUUUUAACCAAAAUGAGUAACUCAGGAGAGGAUAUUGUCACAGCAGUGGUAAAAUUGAUAAACGAUAUUCAUUAUGGUUACCUGAAAGAUACGCACAAUAUCGUAGUAGCAACUAUAGACGUUUUAAAGAAAUUUAUACAGGACGAGGAAUGGACCACUGCCGCAAAAUAUCACUAUUUUUAUUUAUUGUUGCUUUUUGAGGAAUACAUAUCUGAAUUAAAAAAUAAAACUGAUGAAACUGAUCCACAAGAAUCAUUGCACAAAAUUCUUACAGCUGAAGAUCAAAAAAUUAAUUUUAAUAAACAUGUGCCUUCUCUAAGAUCAGCUCUUCUAGAACAUAUUAAUGAAUUUGAAGCUGAAUUAGAAACUUGUGCAGAAAAUAUUACACAGCAAGCUUCUGAACAUAUUCAUUCUAAUGAAAUUAUAAUGACAAUUGGCAAAUCAAAAUCAGUAGAAGAAUUUUUUAAAAGAGCUGCAGCAACAAGAACUUUUGAAGUUAUAGUAGCUGAAGGGGGACCAUCUUUAAAUGGCCAUGAAAUGGCAAUUAAUCUUUCAAAGGCUAAGAUUAAAACUACUUUAAUAUCGGAUGUAGCAAUUUUUGCUAUGAUGUCGCGUGUGAAUAAAGUAAUAAUUGGUACACAUACUGUUCUGGCAAAUGGAGGAUUAAGGGCAAUUUCAGGUGCACAUACAGUUGCUCAAGCUGCAAAACAUUAUUCUGUCCCAGUAAUGGUUUUAUUACCACUCUAUAAACUUUCUCCAUUGUACUUGUAUUCCCAUGAACAAGAUGGUUUUAACAAACAUAUUUCACCACUGGAAGGGGUAAUUGACGGUGCUAAUACAUCUUUGUUGGAAAAAAUUCAGGCAUAUAAUCCAGUUUUUGAUUAUGUACCACCAGAAUUGGUCACAUUAUUUAUUUCAAACACGGGUGGAAAUGCGCCAUCAUAUGUUUACAGAUUGCUUAGUGAAUUAUAUCAUCCAGAUGAUUAUGAAUUGUAACACAUAAAUGUUGAAACAUAUUUGUACUUGUAUAUUU